UGGUCCAGAGUAAAUAGGAAUCACAUAUUCACCUGGAAAUCAGAGGAUAUUGGACACAGGCCACCUGCCAAUCAUACCUGGGAAUAAAACUACAUCUGUUCAAGGACUUACCUUUUGAAUUAAGGAGAAUAAAGUCUACAGGCAUGGAUAAACGACUGCUCCUCAGUUUUUUGUUGGUGACACUGUCCUUGGAAUUUAUGGCCAGCUAUGGUCAGAGCAAUACAACCACAAUAGCACCAGCCAGCAACGCAACUACAGUAGCGCCAGCUAACAACGCAACUACAGUAGCACCAGCUAACAACGCAACUACAGUAGCACCAGCCAACAACGCAACUACAGUAGCACCAGCUAGCAACGCAACUACAGUAGCACCAGCUAACAACGCAACUACAGUAGCGCCAGCCAACAACGCAACUACAGUAGCACCAGCUAGCAACGCAACGACAGUAGCACCAGCUAACAACGCAACUACAGUAGCACCAGCUAGCAACGCACCUACAGUAGCGCCAACUAGCAACGCAACUACAGUAGCACCAGCUAACAACGCAACUACAGUAGCGCCAGCCAACAACGCAACUACAGUAGCACCAGCCAACAACGCAACGGCAGUAGCACCAGCCAACAACGCAACGGCAGUAGCACCGGCCAACAACGCAACCACAGUAACACUAGCCAACCACGCAACCGCAGUAGCACCAGCCAACAACGCAACGGCAGUAACACCGGCCAACAACGCAACCACAGUAACACUAGCCAACCACGUAACCGCAGCAACACCGGCCAGCAACGCAACUACAGUAGCACCAGCCAACAACGCAACCGCAGUAACACCGGCCAACAACGCAACCACAGUAACACGGGCCAGCAACGCAACAACAGUAGCACCAGCCAACAACGCAACUACAGUAGCGCUAGCCAUAAAUGCAACCACAGUAGCGCUGGCCAGCAACGCAACAACAGUAACACCAGCAAACAACGCAACUACAGUAGCACCAGCUAACAAUGCAACUACAGUAGUACCUGCCAAAAACGCAACUACAGUAGCACCAGCCAACCACGCAACCGCAGUAGCACCAGCCAACAACGCAACUACAGUAGCGCUAGCCAUAAACGCAACCACAGUAGCGCUGGCCAGCAACGCAACAACAGUAACACCAGCAAACAACGCAACCGCAGUAGCACCAGCCAACAACGCAACGGCAGUAACACCAGCCAACAACGCAACUACAGUAGCGCUAGCCAUAAACGCAACCACAGUAGCGCUGGCCAGCAACGCAACAACAGUAACACCAGCAAACAACGCAACUACAGUAGCACCAGCUAACAAUGCAACUACAGUAGUACCUGCCAAAAACGCAACUACAGUAGCACCAGCCAACAACGCAACCACAGCAACACCAGCUAACAACGCAACUACAGUAGCGCCAGCCAAAAACGCAACCACAGUAGCGCCGGCCAGCAACGCAAUAACAGUAGCGCCGGCCAGCAACGCAACAACAGUAACGCCAGCAAACAACGCAACUACAGUAACACCAGCAAACAACGCAACUACAGUAGCACCAGCUAACAACGCAACUACAGUAGCACCAGCUAACAAUGCAACUACAGUAGUACCUGCCAAAAACGCAACUACAGUAGCACCGGCUAACAGCGCAACCACCGUGGCACCAGCUAAUAAUGCAACCACAGUAGCAUCAAACACACUCCCGGCAGUGGCCAGUAUUUCUCGACAAGAAUGUGGCUCCUCAAAGCUCUGUGCAGCUGAACCCUCAAAGUGCGAUCCCUCUUCCACAACCUGCUAUUUCGUUUCUGCCAAGCAACAAAGUGGCCAAACGUACAACUUUGAGCUCUCAGGACAGACAGACGGCUACAUUGCUGCUGGUGUGUCAAAUGCUGCAUCUGAGUCUGCCAGUCACAGAGCCUAUUUCUGCGCUAACCACAAAGGUGCUGUCCGUUUCUUCACUGGCUUCAUCAAUAAUCUGGUUCUAAAUCUCACACAGACACUGGACUCAAGCAAUGAGCGGGGAUCAGUCAACUCAGACAAAAUCCAGUGUACAUUUUCAGCUGUUCUUCCUGACACGACACGAGCAGCAGGCUACUCCAUGUCUAUUACAACUGGACCUUACAAUGCCAGUUCUGGGCAGCCAGGAACAGCAAGCUUCAAAGUUCUAACGCCUGUCGUAAGCCUCUCCGACCCUACCGCCAACGUCACCAAUUUGCUGAGCAACAGCACUAACAGCACUUCGUCUGCUUACCCGGUCACACACACACAGUCAUUCUUGCCAGUUCUGCUGGUCACCGUGUCGAUGCUGGCUUUCACAGCAGUAUGAAGCAACUGACCUCCACCACUACACAAGAGGAAAAAACAGACGUUUUCAAGAGUCCCAAAACAUCUGCUGCCAUGAUUUUCACCAGCAUAGCUCAUCAUGCGUAACAGCAUUUGGGUUGAAAGGUCUGGUUACCUUUGAAGCCCAUUUUACUGGUGCAUGUUGAAAACUUCUUAUCUGACUUCUUUUGACUUUAUGUAAUUUUAUUCUUUGUUGUGAUUGUGAUGUUAUUCCUAAAUUAUGAAGUCUUUACUGGCUGAUGUGAAUGGGCUUGUUGAUCAAACGAAUGCUAAAUGUGGUACCAACAGUUGGUGAAGGUCAUUUAAACAUUUGCACAAAUUAAUA